AUGAAUACUGAGCCUAGCAGGAAAGGUUCUGCACGAGGAGGAGGGGGUUUUCAAAGAUGGAGAAGAGGAAGAUGGCAAGGGAGAGGAAAAGGAAGUGGACAGAGAGAAAACUGGAAAAAUGCUGGCGAGAAAUUAGCAUCGGCACAACCUCAUCUUAUUCAAACUACUCUGGACCAAGAUGCUCCAUAUAAAGGUUGGAAACUUUAUUUCUCUGAAGUAUAUGAUGACAACUCACCUUUUGUUCAGAAGACUGAAGCUUUUGAAACUUUUUUCAAAUCUCGAAUAGAGUUUUAUGAUAAGGAUGAAAUAGAAAGAAAAGGAAGUAUUCUUGUGGAUUAUAAGGAACUGAUAUGUGAUAAAGAAUUAGUGGAAUCGUUACCCAAUGUUGCUGUUGAAUUAAGAGAUACGCCUCAAAAAAUAUUAGAUUGCAUGGGUCUGGCCAUACACCAGAUAUUGAUCAAAGACCUUGAAAAGCAUGCUGCAAAACUGCAAGAGCAAGAAGGGCUACCCAUUGAUGAAGAGCCUAUUAUAAAUGUGCCACAUAUUCAUGCAAGAGUGUACAACUAUGAUCCAAUUAUUCAAAUUAAGAAUAUUCGAGCUAAUUGCUAUGGGAAGUACGUUGCUUUACGUGGGACUGUUGUGCGUGUUAGUAACAUUAAACCUAUCUGCACCAAGAUGGCUUUUAUAUGCAGCACCUGUGGAAAUACUCAGAGUUUUCCUCUCCCUGAUGGAAAGUACACUCUUCCAACAAAGUGUUCUUUGCCUGAAUGUCAUGGACGAUCCUUCACUGCAGAUAGAAGUUCUCCUUACACAGUUACAGUGGACUGGCAGUCGAUUAAAAUUCAAGAACUCAUGUCAGAUGAUCAGCGAGAAGCUGGGAGAAUUCCUCGGACAAUAGAAUGUGAAUUGGUUCAUGAUCUUGUAGAUAGUUGUGUUCCAGGUGAUGUGAUUACUGUUGCAGGAAUUGUCAAGGUAUCGAACACGGAAGAAGGAACGUCAAGAAAUAAAAAUGAUAAAUGUGUAUUCCUAUUAUACAUUGAAGCAAACUCUAUCAGUAAUACAAAAGGCCAGAAAAUCAAGAAUUAUGAACAUGGAUUAAACCAGCAAGGAUGCAUGGAGUUUUCACUUAAAGAUCUUUAUGCAGUCCAGGAAAUACAAGCUGAAGAGAGUCUGUUCAAGCUUAUUGUCAGCUCUCUUUGUCCUACUAUUUAUGGUCAUGAGAUGGUAAAAGCUGGCUUAGUGUUGGCAUUAUUUGGAGGAUGCCAAAAAUAUAUGGAUGAUAAAAAUAGGAUUCCUAUUCGAGGGGACCCACAUAUUCUCAUGGUUGGAGAUCCAGGACUGGGCAAAAGUCAGAUGUUGCAAGCUGUGUGCAAUAUUGCACCUCGUGGAGUAUAUGUCUGUGGCAAUGCCACUACCACAUCUGGUCUGACUGUAACUCUGUGUCGAGACAGUUCCUCUGGAGAUUUUGCACUGGAAGCUGGUGCUCUUAUACUUGCAGAUCAAGGUAUAUGUGGAAUUGAUGAGUUUGAUAAAAUGGGGAGCCAGCACCAAGCUUUGCUGGAAGCUAUGGAACAGCAAAGUAUUAGUCUUGCUAAGGCUGGCAUUGUUUGCAGCUUGCCAGCUAGGACAUCAAUUAUAGCUGCAGCAAAUCCAGUUGGGGGUCACUAUAACAAGGCCAAAACUGUAUCUGAGAAUUUAAAGAUGGGAAGUGCUUUGUUAUCCCGAUUUGACUUAGUAUUCAUACUGUUGGACGUUCCAAAUGAAGAUCAUGAUCAUUUGCUUUCUGAACAUGUGAUGGCAAUGAGAAAUGGAAAACAGACUGGAUGCAGCAGUGCUAUUGUGACUCGUGAGCAUUCUCAGAAUUCAAAUAUAUCAGUCCUUGAAGUUUUUUCAGACAAACCAUUAGCGGAGAGAUUAAAGCUCAUUCCAGGAGAAAACUGUGACCCAAUUCCACAUCAGUUGUUAAAGAAAUAUGUUGGCUAUGCAAGGCAAUAUGUACAUCCCAAACUAACUCCAGAAGCUGCUCAGAUACUCCAGAAAUUCUAUCUUGAGCUCAGACAACAAAGUCAAAGAGCAGAUACUACGCCCAUCACAACACGACAGCUAGAAUCAUUGAUCCGCCUUACUGAGGCACGAUCGAGAUUAGAGUUAAGAGAAAAGGCCACCAAAGAAGAUGCCGAGGAUGUUGUUGAAAUAAUGAAAUACAGUAUGUUAGGAACGUACUCUGAUGAAUUUGGGAAAUUGGAUUUUGAGCGUUCUCAACAUGGUUCUGGAAUGAGCAAUAGGUCACAAGCAAAGAAAUUUAUUUCUGCCCUCCAUCGUGUUGCAGAAAGAACUUAUAACAACAUUUUUGAGCUUCAUCAACUCCGGCAGGUUGCUAAUGAAUUAAAUAUGAAAAUACUUGACUUUGAAAACUUCAUUGCAUCUUUAAAUGAUCAGGGUUAUUUCUUGAAGAAAGGUCCAAGAUUAUAUCAGCUUCAAACAAUGUGAAGUAGUUCAAUACCUAAAGAGAAGCCAUACUGUUCACUAAGAAGAAGAA